UUCUCCCUCCCAUUGGCCCGGCUGGCAAGAGCCAGGGACUCCACCCGUGGAGCCCGGGGCCUGCCGACCCACCAGCUUAGGAGCGCCCAUCAAACUCUGGGUGUUCUGGGAAGAUGGUAUCAUGUCUGGCUACCGCCGCCCCACCAGCUCGGCCUUGGACUGUGUCCUCAGCUCCUUCCAGAUGACCAACGAGACCGUCAACAUCUGGACUCACUUCCUGCCCACCUGGUACUUCCUGUGGCGCCUCCUGGCGCUGGCGGGAGGCCAGGGCUUCCGGUCGGAGCCCUACCACUGGCCGCUGCUCGUCUUCCUGCUGCCCGCCUGCCUCUACCCGUUUGCGUCGUGCUGCGCGCACACCUUCAGCUCCAUGUCACCCCGCGCGCGUCACAUCUGCUACUUCCUGGACUACGGCGCGCUCAGCCUCUACAGCCUGGGCUGCGCCUUCCCCUAUGCCGCCUACUCCAUGCCGGCCUCCUGGCUGCACAGCCGCCUGCACCAGCUAUUUGUGCCCGCCGCCGCACUCAAUUCUUUCCUGUGCACCGGCCUCUCCUGCUACUCCCGGUUCCCCGAGCUAGAAAGCCCUGCGCUCAGUAAGAUCCUCCGCACGGCUGCCUUCACCUAUCCCUUUCUGUUUGACAACCUCCCGCUCUUCUAUCGGCUCGGACUGUGCUGGGGCAGGGGCCACAGCUGUGGGCAAGAGGCACUGAGCACCAGCCACGGCUACCACCUCUUCUGCGCGUUGCUCACUGGCUUCCUCUUUGCCUCCCACCUGCCUGAGCGGCUGGCACCAGGACGCUUUGAUUACAUCGGCCACAGCCACCAGCUAUUCCACAUCUGUGCAGUGCUGGGCACGCACUUCCAGCUGGAGGCGGUGCUGGCUGAUAUGGGAUCUCGCCGAGCCUGGCUGGCCAUGCAGGAACCGCCGCUGGGCCUGGCGGGCACGGUGGCCACACUGGGCUUGGCAGUGGCCGGGAACCUGCUCAUCAUUGCUGCUUUCACAGCUUCCCUAUUUCGGGCUCCCAGUACGUGCCCCCUGCUGCAGGGUGGCCCGCUGGAGAGGAAUACAAAGGCCAAACUACAGUGAGGCCCCAGCUCUGAGCCUGCCCU